AUGUGGAGAAAAGCUCUCACUUUGCUUCCACACAGACCCUUUUCAUCAACCCCUGAAAUCCCAACCCUCUACUCCUUCCUCCAACCCUCAGUCUUUGCCCUUAAGAGGGACCUACCACCCUCCCAGAAAUCUCAGUGUGACCUCCCAACCCCACCUCCCAAAACCCUAGCCCCAGACCACAUAACCACCCUAGAGACCGCCCUCCACAAGUCCCUUAUAACCCACAACACUGAUGAGGCAUGGAAGUCCUUCAAGACUCUCACAGGCAGCUCUGCCUUCCCGAGUAAGUCCCUCACUAAUUCUCUCAUCACCCAUUUGUCCUCACUCGGGGACAUUCACAACCUCAAGAGGGCUUUUGCUACGGUAGUUUAUGUCGUGGAGAAAAACCCAGGAUUUUUAGAUUUUGAAACUGUUGGGACUUUGUUGAAUGCUAUGAAAUGUGCCAAUACUGCUGCACCUGCUUUUGCUUUGAUUAAAAGUGUGAUCAAGAACAGGUUUUUCUUGCCAUUUAGUGUAUGGGGCAAUGUUCUCAUUGAAAUUAGUAGGAAAAAUGGUAACUUUGUUGCGUUUUUACGGGUUUUUGAAGAGAAUUGUAGGAUUGCCUUGGAUGAGAAGUUGGAGUCCAUGAAACCGGAUUUGGCUGCUUGUAAUGCAGCGUUGGGGGGGUGUUGUCGUGAACUUGAAUCGGUGAGUGAUGCCGAAAAAGUUGUUGAAACAAUGGCGGUUUUGGGUGUUCGGCCUGACGAAUGGAGUUUUGGUUUUCUUGCUUAUUUGUAUGCAUUGAAGGGUCUUGAGGAAAAGAUAACUGAGCUAGAGGGAUUGAUGGGUGGGUUUGGUUUUUCAAAUAAAAGGGUGUUUCAGAGUAAUUUGAUUCAUGGCUAUGUUAAGUCAGGCAAAUUAGAAUCUGUUUCAGCAACUAUUCUGCGUAUUCUCAGAGAAGGAGAUGGAGAAUGUUUGAAUCUGGGUGAAGAAACUUAUUGUGAAGUUGUCAAAGGAUAUCUUAUGAAUGCAAGUGUGAAAGAGUUGGCGACUUUGAUCAUUGAAGCUCAAAAGUUAGAGUCUUCAACAGUCAUGGUAGAUAGAUCUGUUGGGUAUGGUAUUGUUAAUGCUUGUGUUCAUAUUGGAUUAUCAGACAAGGCACACAGCAUUCUUGAUGAAAUGAAUGCUCAAGGAGGUUCCUUGGGGCUUGGUGUGUAUGUGCCAAUUUUGAAGGCUUAUUGCAAAGAGCAUAGAACUGCUGAAGCCACUCAACUGGUCAUGGAUAUUAGUAAUUCUGGGCUUCAGUUAGAUACGGGGACAUAUGAUGCUCUUAUAGAAUCAUCCAUGUCAAGUCAAGAUUUUCAAUCGGCUUUUUCUUUGUAUAGGGACAUGAGGGAAGCAAGAAUAUCUGACUUAAAGGGGAGUUACUUAACAAUAAUGACAGGUUUAAUGGAGAAUCAUAGGCCAGAGUUAAUGGCUGCCUUCUUAGAUGAGGUUGUUGAGGAUCCUCGAAUUGAAGUGGGUACCCAUGACUGGAAUUCCAUUAUUCAUGCCUUCUGUAAAGCUGGGCGUCUAGAAGAUGCGAGGAGGACUUUUAGAAGGAUGAUAUUCUUGCAGCAUAAGCCUAAUGAACAGACAUAUUUAUCGUUAAUUAGUGGGUAUGUUUCUGUGGAGAAAUAUUUCUGUGUUCUGAUGCUAUGGCAUGAGGUGAAGAGAAAUGUUUCAGUUGAUGGAGAAAAGGGGAUUAAAUUUGACCACAACAUGGUUGAUGCAUUCCUAUAUGCUCUUGUUAAGGGAGGCUUUUUUGAUGCAGUAAUGCAAGUUGUCGAGAAAUCUCAAGAGAUGAAAGUCUUUGUGGAUAAGUGGAGGUACAAACAGGCAUUCAUGGAAACCCAUAAGAAGCUUAAAGUGUCAAAGUUGAGAAAGAGGAAUUUCAGGAAAAUGGAAGCACUUGUUGCUUUCAAGAAUUGGGCUGGUCUGAAUGCAUGA